AUGAAAUAAAAUACAGAUAACGACAACUACUCAGUUGAUGGUUGGAAUUUCGAUGAACAGUCCAAUUUCAUUAAAUACACCAAAUUUGUUAUUCCCUUUGCUAUCCUCAUCAACAUUUAUCUUAUAGUGAUUACCUUCCUUUACAAGUCCAUCUAUCCACCAUACUUCUAUGAGAUAUUACUAUACACCUCCAUCUAUGGGAUAACUCUGUCGAUCUUCAAUCUAUUCUGGAAAUAAGAAAAGGACACGGUAAUUAGACAACUAUCAUUUGUAUUAAAUGGCUUAAUGAUUAUUAUGGCAAUCUCCCUGAUGAUAUUCUUUAUUGCCUCAUUCGAAGCUGAUUACAAUUAUAAAAUUGGUGAGAAUUCCAGUUAUAUCAAUCAAAUUCAAGAAUGGCAACAAUUUACACUCCUAUUCCGAUCAAUCCUAUUGGCUUUUUUCCUACUUCUAAUAUCAUAUUUUUACAUCACCUAUAGUCUCUACCUUUGUUAAGAUUAGCAGAAUCUCAUGAUAGCUUUGCAUAUAUACAAUACACUAUUUUUCAUUACUGGAAUUGCAAUCAAUCACUAUUCAAAACUCGUUGGAUUCUAAUUAAUUUUAUUGCUCUUAUUAAUCUCCACCAGUGCAUUAGUCUACAGUGCUAAUCUGAAAAAGAUCAAGGUGGCUUACUUUACUAUUGGAGCUAUUUUAUUGUUUUAUUUGGUACUCAAUCAAUACAAACACUUUUCAAAUGUCAGACAAGCCAAAUAAAAUAAGGUAUCAGUCUUAAAUGAUUGCUCAGCUCAUUUAAGAAAUCUGCACAUGGACUUCUUAUUUGCCAAUACUAAUUGCUAAAAGUAUUAAGAAAGUACAUCUUGUAAUGAUGAUGAAAAAGCCUUCAUGUGGGAAAUGGAUUCCAAAAUACCUAUUUCUUAGAGAGAUACAAAGUUAGGAUGUCUGAAUCUAAACUGUUGUGGAAUAGUGGCUGACAGAUCCAAAUUCAAAUUGAAUGUCGUCACUUUAGUUCAUUAGUUAAUUGGUUUUGCUACUCUGACACUUAUCUUGUACAUCUCAUAGAAACCUCCAUUGUUGAAUACGGAAAUUAAAAUCUAUGAUUUCGUUUUUGGAACUAUUCAGCUAUUUCUAAUCAUAAUAACAAUCUUCUUAUUCAGUAAAGAGAUCAAUUAGGAUAUCAAUAAAUUUAAUUCAGUUUCAACUUCCAAAUAUUUGGAUAUCCCUAAAGGAUGUAGUCAAAUCAAGAAUUUUGUUACUCUUAACUGUUAAUUUAUGUACUGUGAUAACAUUGAGUUAACACUCAAAACAGACUUUCCAAUGAAUUAUUAUAGAUUAAGUAAUUCUAAAGACUUUUAUGUUGAUGAUUCCAAUUUCACAGAAUUAAAAUUUAUAGGUAAAUUUGAUGCCAUCUAAAAUUACAUCUAUUAAAAUAUUUAUAUGUGUGUUACUAGUAGAACAGUUAAUAUUGACUUUACAAUUAAAAAAUAGACUAGAUUGCUCAAAGAAAAUAGUUAAACUAAUCUGAUUUAGAAUUAAGACAUACUUAAAUAACUCUAAUCAGUUCGAUUUUGGAAGUUAGACAUUUAACUAAACAUUAAUUAAAACUACACCAUCAAAUUACUUAAUCCAAUAACCAAUACUGAAUAUUUGUAGAUUCAAAAUUAGAAUACUUUAAAUUUUGUAUAGGAAUAAUCCUACAUAUUAAUAAUUUAAUCAAAAGGAUAUAUUCCUUAUGAAUAAAACAUAUUUAUUAACUAGAACACCUCAUUGAAUAUAAAUCUAAUCAAAUAAUAGAAAUAACUAUCAAUUAUUCUACAAGGAUCUAAAUAAUCAAUGUUAGGUACAACAUUUGCCACCAGUAUUUACAAAUAAUACACAACAACAAAAUGGAUUGGAUCUAAUAAUUACAUGAAUCUAGAAUAUGUUGAUGAUAAAACUUAAUUAAUAACUGUGGAUGAAGUUGAUUAUCCCAUUUUGGUAUUUGUUAUAAAUCCAAAUUACGAUGCAAUAUUAUCAAUUUAUGAUGAAGAUAGACUAUUAUACAAAUCAUACACUAACCAAUAAAAUAACACAUAAUAAGUGUUAUGUUUAUAGGGCAAUAGUAUAAAUUAUUUAAGAUCACAAACAACAACAACUAAAUUAUUGCCUAAUAGUCUUAUAUGUUAAUGAUUACUAUUUAAUAAUUAUUAAUAAGCUAUA